AUGACUGGGGUGGAUGAGAUAUUAAAUUAUAAAAGAAAUCCCGAGGACGACUAUUACGCUUUGCUUGGAUGCGACGAAAAUUCCUCGGUUGAGCAGAUAACUGCAGAGUACAAGUUGUUGGCUCUGCAGCACCAUCCUGAUAAGAAUGAUGGUGAUAAAGAUGCUGAAGCUAAGUUUCAACAACUAAAGGAAGCCAAAGAGACUCUUUGUGAUCCAGCUAAAAGGGCUCUUUAUGACAAGUGGAGGCAGAGUGGAAUAGCCAUGGGCUACAAGCAAUGGCUCGGUAUGAAAGAACAUGUACAGCAAUCUAUGCAUUGGUCCAAACCUAAUACUAAAGACCGUAUGUUAGAGGGUGAUUUUGGCCGUUCGUCUGGACCUUCCAGCUUGGGUCCUAGUAAUGCAGCUGCUCGUAGAGCUUCUGAAGGUGGAGCUGCUCUUUGGGGACGCUGGGGUGGUGGUAACCAAGAGCCACCAUCUGAAGUGAUUUCAAAAUUCCGUAAUUACGAAAUUUAA